GAGUUUGCUUUAUCCCUUGGAGUUAAGGUCGCGAUUGUCUUGGCAGAGUUCAAGAUCUUCCGCAUGUGCGUCCUGAGCCCCUGCUUUUAAAAUCACUUUGAAAAUUUGCUAACUGCAACCUGCACCCUGGAUGCCGAACAGGGCUGAUCAGUGCUGGUGACCUGGCAAAGCACAGGCCAAGUUUGACCAGCAAGCCAGUUCCUUCCAAGCAGCCAACCUUUUGCCUUAAAGAGGACAUAAGGGACGCUUUUACUUGACAGGAUGGAUGAACAGUCACAAGGCAUGCAGGGGCUUACUGCUCCACCAUUUCAGCCACAGAAAGCCUUGCGACCCGACAUGGGCUAUAAUACACUUGCUAAUUUCCGAAUAGAGAAAAAGAUUGGGCGUGGGCAGUUCAGUGAAGUUUACAGAGCAACCUGCCUGUUGGAUGGGGUACCAGUGGCUCUGAAGAAGGUUCAGAUAUUUGAUUUAAUGGAUGCCAAAGCCCGUGCUGACUGCAUCAAAGAAAUAGAUCUUCUUAAGCAACUGAAUCAUCCAAAUGUAAUUAAAUAUUAUGCCUCAUUCAUUGAAGACAAUGAACUGAACAUAGUGUUGGAAUUAGCAGAUGCUGGAGAUCUUUCUAGAAUGAUAAAGCAUUUUAAGAAACAGAAGAGGUUGAUUCCUGAAAGAACAGUUUGGAAGUACUUUGUUCAGCUUUGCAGUGCCUUGGAACAUAUGCAUUCUCGUCGUGUUAUGCAUAGAGAUAUAAAGCCAGCCAAUGUGUUCAUUACAGCUACAGGAGUAGUAAAGCUUGGAGACCUUGGACUUGGUCGAUUUUUCAGCUCCAAAACCACAGCUGCACAUUCUUUAGUUGGUACACCCUAUUAUAUGUCUCCAGAGAGAAUACACGAAAAUGGUUACAACUUCAAAUCUGACAUCUGGUCUCUAGGCUGUCUGCUGUAUGAGAUGGCUGCACUGCAGAGUCCCUUUUAUGGUGAUAAAAUGAACUUGUACUCCCUGUGCAAGAAGAUAGAACAGUGUGACUACCCACCCCUCCCUUCAGAUCACUAUUCAGAGGAACUGCGACAAUUAGUUAAUAUGUGCAUCAACCCGGAUCCAGAGAAGCGACCAGACAUAACCUAUGUCUAUGAUGUAGCGAAACGUAUGCAUGCACACACUGCGAGCAGCUAAACAGACAGCAGAUCAUGAAGAGCAGAAAUAACCAAGUACUUUAAAUAAAUCAUCCCACCUCUUUGUUUGUGUUACACAAAUGUAAUUAUUUGAAGCUUACUAUUGUGCUUUGAAUUGUAAACCAAUUUAUAUACAAGCUUUGUUGUUUUCUGUUGAUUUUCUAUUUUUUUUAUUUUUAUUAACUUGCAGUUAUACAACAGGUUUAAAUAUAUAAAGAGUAACUCUAAAAGAUAUCAGAACCACUGUUUUCCAUGUUAAGUGGGUUCAGAUAAUUUUCUUUAAUAACAAAAUUGUUGUUCAGUUGGGCCUCAGUUCUAAAACACAGUUGCACUUUUGCACAUGAUACAGAUAUAGGCUUAUUAUCCAGAAAGCAAAAUGUCUGAAUCUCUCACCUUUUUAGUAAUUUAUGGAAGGUAUGAAUCAGCACAGUUAACUUUAUUUUAAUCUUUGUUCUAAGAGGAAACAUUGAUUAUUAUAGAAGGUUAUUGUAUUUAUAUUAAAUUGUAGUUCGCAGUUCUCAGAGUAAGAGUAGACAGGUGAUAGGGUUAGUUCUCUGCUUGCCAAAUGUGAUGGGAAAAUAGUUUCAGGAAAAAUUGUCAUGCUGGACAUUUUUUGUAACACCCCUUUUUGAUUUGUUCUCUCAUAAUGCACAUAAAACAUUUGUUGGAGGUUUUCUGGGAAAAUUUAAGGUGUUGAUUCUGCAAUCUGAUCGUUUUCAAUAGGCUUGUGCAGCACUGCCCUGGGGCAAUAGAAGUGUGCAUAGUUAAGUCUUAAAAUCAUGCAGAUGCUUCUUGUAGCAAAAUAGGAUCUUCUGAGGCUAGCGUUUAUGAGAAGGUCUGAUUAAAAGACAUGAUCUUUUACAACUUCCCAACUGUUUAUAUGUAUGUCACUGUUUGUAGAUUUUUGUGUUUAAAAUAAUAUGAAUGACCUUACAGUAUAUUUAAUUUUUUUUUUCUUACAUACAGAAAUAUUUUGGAAAAAAUAUCAUAGUGUAGUAGUAUAACAAAAUAUAUUCUUCAUGAAUAUCUGGUUUUGUAUACUGUAACCUGAGAAUUAGUUUUAUAUUUAGCAGAAGUAAAAUUUAACUUUUAUGUUGAAGAGAAAGUUGCCACUUCUUUAUUUGGGAAAUAAAUAUCUAUGCAAAAUGUUUUAUAAAUACUUUAUUAGUUGAAAAGGAAAUUAAAAAUAUUUUUGUUAGACCUUAGUACCUUUUUGGAUAUGCUUAAAUAAUAUUUUUAUUGUUAAGGUAAGGAAGGUGCCUUGUUUUUAAUUGUGGUAGAAUGGGAGGACGGACUGAAAUUCUUGAGUUUCAAGACUGAGCUUUUUAUACAGAACUCUUAAAACAUAAUUAUUAUCAGUGAUAUUGCUAAGAAGCUGCUACAGUCAGUUAAGUAUUUUUCUUAUGUGGGAAAAAGAAGUUUAGUUUCAAAUAAAAGCAGCAUUAUAUACAUACAUGUGUAGGUUAUAUAUGGUGUCAGUCCCUGCAUGCUCAGUUUUGUUUUGUUUUUUCAUUCUUUGUCCGGCUUUAAUUUUUGAUUUGAUAUAAUGCUCAAAAAAUAAAAAUCCAGCUGCAGGGUUUGUGAAUGAAAUGUUCAAGCUAGGUCAGGUUUUUUUCUGGUUUUGUAUUUUUUAAAACUACAAAUACUAUGGAAACCGUGUUUGGCAAAAUACAGGAGUUUUUAAAUAGUAUGUGCCAGAUCAUCAGCUUAUCUUAAUACUUUAAAAAAAAAUUAUUUCUGUUUCCAGAUUUUGUUAGAACAAAUCUUUAGGGUUUUUUUCUAGCUUCUGUGUAUACUUAAUCUUGUAGAACUUCAGUGGAACAAUUUGUAGGGAGGAAGUAUUUGAGAAACCUUGAUUUGUGUCUAGCAGCCUCUAGAUUUGUUUUCAUCUAUUAUCUGAUUAUUGAAUUUUAAAAAAUUAUGGUUAUAUUCUCUAACAAUAGUUUCAUAUGUCAUAGAAUGAAAUGGUUUGUAUUGGAAAGGGUAGGACAAUACCUGCUUGACUGACAGGAUUAGCUCUUAAUAACGCACAAGUACUCAAACGAUUUUUAUUUCUUUUUCUGAAAUAAUACAGCAACAUUGAAAAAUCAUUGGAAAAAACCCCAAACCCAACACAGUCAGGCUAUUUUGCAUUAAUAUUGUGCAUCAAGUAUUGAACUUCCCCUAAAGAAAACAAUAAUAGAUUUUAUUAUUAUUACUGCUCCUGUCUUGAAGGAUACAUUGAGUAAAGAAAUAAUGAGUCAAGAUUUAACGAAUGUGCAUACUUAAGCAUUUAAAUGUUGUUGUUGGUUUUUAGUAUUUAUGAUUAAAUCUUGUGCUGAGAAAAAGAAGAAGUUGUUCCUAUUUUCAAAUCUGUAAAGGGAAUGGUACAGAUGGCUCUGGUACCAAACUUUAUAAUUAAGAAACCUGUACGAGUUAGUAGAAAUGCUUGUAUAACUGGGGAUUGUAGAAUCUAUCCCUGAAGUAAAGCACCUGGUAACAUAUAAGUCUGUUAUAACACUCCCAUGUGUGUGAUACACUUAUAAAAUAUUUUCUUGUAUAAAACACGAUUCUCUUUUUCAUAUGUUGUUGAUGACAUUUACACUAUUUAUUUUAAGCUAUGGCAUUACAUCUUUAUUUUCUUCAAAGAGAAUGUGUUAAAUUUCUAACCAAAAUGUCUGACUAGCUCCUCCUUUUAUUUCAGUAAUGCUACAGUAUUAACUUGCUUCGUGAGUGAACUUUGUGCUUUCAAUGACAUUGCAUAAAAUCUUCGUCUUGUCUUGAAAGAGCUCCCCUGCUUGUGGCAGUAGUCUAAUAGAAAUAAAACAUACAGGUAUUAAAUAUAAUGUAAAAAUAUAAUAUUUCUAUGAUAUUUUCAAACUUUUUUUUGUUAGAUAUAUAUAUGUUAAAGUAUAUACUACCUAUCUUGUGAACAGCUUACUGCUUCCAGUAGUUGAUUAUAGGUGGGUUUCCUUGGCUGUAACAAAAGACAGUAUAUUAAAAAAAAUCUUGUUCAUAUUAUUUGCAAAAAAUCUAUCUGAAGUACUACAUCAGAUAUGUUACAUCAGUCACAGUUAGCCCAAAAGAGUGUUGUUAUCUUAAAUUUAAAAACAAAUCUAAAAUUAUUUUCAAAACAUACAAAAAUAUCUUAGAUAAUUUAUAAACCAUGAGAAUAACAAAGAGCUCCCAUUAUGGCCCCAGUCCUGUGAGCUCUUGUUUAUAGGUAGGCUGUUUUUUAUGUAACUUCGGUAAUUUUGAGUGAACCUUGUAUACGCACAUGAAUAAACAGUAAUCAGUAGGGUGUACAGAAAUGAUGUGCUCAGCUCACUUUUUAUACUUGCUGUAUGUCAGUGGUUUGGUAGCAGGGAAUAAUGGGAUUUUCUUCCCCUCUUCUGUUGCACUCUAAUGAUCCAGCUACCAAUUCUACGAGCAGGCAAUAGAAGUAUGUCAUCUUUUUGUAAUGAACAGAAACUUUAAAACAUGCCAAUAUACUGGAAGAUGAUCUAUAGUAGUAGAAGCAUCUAAGAAAGCCACAAAGUGAAAUUCUUGACAGAGACUUGGAAAGAAGGACUUCUUACACCAGUGGUUCUCAGAUACCUCUGAAUGGGACCUAAAAUCACUGUGAUGUUUGUUUUCAACAAUCUGUCCAUUUAAUCUCUGUCUUUGCCGCUAUAAAGCAAGGUGAGAAUCUUAAUGACUGAAUUUGAAUGCUCGUGGCGAAUGCUGCGUCAGGUAUUUGAGCUGCUAGGAGCAGGAGCUUGAUGUGAAGGAGAGUCAAUGAAGACCUUCAUUGUGGGGAGUUAAUUGUAUCUGGAAGUAAAGGUGCUGGAUAGCAGAGUUCAAAUCACUGCUUUUCUAUAAUUUUUAAUAUUCUUUAACAGUCAGAAGUGUUUCCAAGCCUGCCAUAUCCCCAUAUCACCGAGCCAGUGGCAGUGCUGGUCUUCUGAAUUUCUGAUCUCUGGUUUGGUCUGGGUGAAGAACUAAACAUUUCUGGCUAGGAAUCCCAAGGAGGGAAAUACAGGUGCUGGGCAUGCCCAGUGAGGUGUUACUUAUGUUUCCAAACUCAAAUGUAAAUUUUUAAGGUUCUUUUUUCAAACUCUACUCCCUUCCCUGAACCUUUUUUAUUUUCAGUUGAUGCUUUUAAAAAAUUGUUUCCCUUUCAUAGUCAGUUCUGAAGUUCUGCGAUGCCUGCCUGCUGCUUCUGGUUCAUCUGUCCUGUUGUCUGCUCUAUCCUCUUCCUGAUUUGAAGUCCUCUGUGUCUAGUUUUCCUAACGACCAUUAGUUUGCUACUUGCUUUGUGACUUUGCUAAACACAACCCAUUUGUGUUUUCUCAAAUUUCAUCCCUCGCCAUGGGCAAUACCUGUUUUCCCCCAAGCCUCAAUAACUACUUAACUCCAUUGUUCUUCAUUCUGUUUUUCCAGUCUGAUGCCUUUGAUUUCUAGUUUUAGACAGAUUUUUCUCACUGCUUCAAUCAUUCCCAUGACCUUGUCUUUACUAAAUACUGUUCACUUUAUUAUCUCUCAUUUCUAAAUUCCCUUUCUCUGAUCACUACCUGCUCUCUUUCAGCUUAUCUGUCUUUCUCUCUCCUCUACCCUGUCACUCACUCCUUUUGGGAUCUCCCAUCUAUUAACCUUUCUGACUCCUUCACUCUUCUCAGCUGCCUCCUUCCUUCAUUGGGCUCACUUCCUUUGACUCACUGGUCUUUAUUUUCAUCUCUAUCUGCUUCUCUAUACAUGGUUUCUUUGGUUAUGUCUCACAUUGCCCUGUCUCCGUGCGUCUCCCCAGACAUUUUUUCUUGUUACUUCUUAAUUUCCAUUCCUGCCUUUCCGAAUAUCUCUGAAGGGUAUGUCAGCAGAACACAGCUUUGGACUAAGCUUUGCCUUACCUGUUCUAAUUCUCUUUCCAAAUGGACUUUUUUAAGCAUUUUUUAUCCCACUUAUUUUCUCUUAUUGAGCUUGCUUGCAGAUUUGCUGUUCAUUUUAGUUCUCCAUUCUUGAUACAAAAUGUUUCUUCAAACCUGAUCUUUUGCAUGCUAGAUCCUUUUCAAAAUUAUUUUUCAUUCUCCGAAUCUGUUUCUGAAUUGGGCUUCUUGGCCUCUUGUAUAUACAAGUUUGCCUCUUUUAUUUCUAUAUCUUUUAUGCCUCUCAUUCCUUUAAUUGAACAAUUUCUUCCUCUUGAAAGCUUCCACUUAUUUUCCUUCACUAGUAACCAAGUUCUCUUUUCCUCUAUCUUGAAGGGAAUGGCACCUGUCAUGCUAACUGGUUCUUUUUUUUAAUGCUUUGCCCUUUAGUCUCUGUUUGUCAUCCACUAAUUUCAUGUAACUGAGCAUCCUUAUUCCAGUUUGUUUCCAAGUUUUUGGCUUUACACUUGAAUUUGAAUGCCCCAAAAAUCUAGUGCUUCCUUCUGCAGUUUGGUUCUCUCGUAGUUCUGUCUCUGCACAGUUCCUUGAGUAUCCAGCCACAGUCUCAGACCUUUUAAGAUUCAGAGAUUUAAUUCUUCUUCCUAACUUUCUCUAAGUUUUCUAACAUCUCUGACAAUUUUACUUGCCUGUUUUCCAAGGCCACAACCUUUCUAUCUCUGACACUUCUCCCAUGCCUGCAUAUCAAAUGUCUCAAAGUUAGUUGUAUCAGAUUAUAGCCCUCUUCACUGUGUUCUUUCUUAUCUUUUAUCUUCACUGUUUUAAUCUAUGUCGUGACAUCUUUUCUCCCUUCAAAGUAUCAAAAUUGACAGGACUAAGCUGUCAUUGGGCUUUAGCUGUUUCAUGUGCUGAAAAAGGAACUCCGCCAAAUUGCUGCUGCUUUUGUGGUUUUGGGAGACUUGAGUCUCUUACCAAAUUUGGUAGAGCUGGAUCAGAUUCUGUUCCUCCAAGAACUUCAAAAGUCCUUGCAUUUGGGCCUUGAUUAGUUUUCUACAGCUUCAGAUAUAAAGUUUUUGCUCUUCAUUUCUUUGUAUUUACUGUAUGCAUCUUUGCCUUGUCUUGUUUCUGCGCAUAGAGCUCUCACUUGUUUUGUUGUUAUAGCAGCUUGAUUUGAGUGCUUUUACAUUGCUUGAAAUAAGAGUGUGCUUAAGAGCCUUCACUGGCUGGAUCCAGAGUGUUAGACACAAUGCUCCUUUUUGUUACUGUCCCACCGUUGCACUGGCUUCUCUUAUUUGCGGCCCUCUGUAUCUUGCCUAACUGAAUAUAUGCUGUGUUACACUGCAGGGUGGUGUAGAUACAGUUGAGCCAGCAGCAAACAAGGCAAUACUGCAAGUCCUUAUAAACAGUGCAAUGUUUAUUUGUCUUGUAGAAUAAGUUCUAAGUCUAGGAUGGUGCUCUGUGCUGUGCUGCUUCUCUGUCCACGCUACCCUAACUUAAAGCCAAAUCAGAUCUGCCUGUGUGGUGCACUGCAUAGUUUUCUGUGUAGGUGUACUAAUUGACUUCACAGUUUUAGGAGGCUUUCAGAUUUGGAAGACUGUAUGCUCGCAGAGAUGAACUGUUGAUAAAUUGUCUGACCUUUGACUGCUCAUAAUUAUCUUCAUACAUAUGUUGAGAUUGGGAAGCAAAAUUCUCCAUAAACCUAGGAAGUUUGAGGUUUGGGGACUGUAGGAUGUACAGCUGAAUGUCAAAUUGUUUGGUGUGUGUGGGUAUACAUGCAUUUAAUCACUGUUUAUUUGCACCAGAAUAAUUCUUUUCUUUUAGAGGAUCAGUUGCUUGUUGGCACAAAACAAAGACUUUUUUUUAGUACUUUUCGGGUUUUGUGUUUGGUUUUCGUUGCCGGUUUGUACCAUGUCAUACCAUUAGUUAAUUUGUUCUUCAACUGCCUUAAUGAUGGGUGGAGGCUUUACACCUUUUUGUCUGAUUGAAAUCUUCUGUUCGUAUGGAAAUAAAAAUAAAUGAAGAAAUUA